UCAUCCUCGGCCAUCAAUCGCUCCACUGGUCGCUUCUCCUCCCUUGCCUACACUCGCUAUUCCUCUCUCGCUAGUUAUCGACUAUCCCUCGCUGAUCUCAUCGUCCCUAUCCAUCGGCAAGAUCUGCGUGUUCCGACGUCGUUGUUUGUUCGAACUCUCCGACCGCUCGUUCCUUCAGGCUUCUCACGCAAAAAAAAAAAAAAACAAAAAAACAAAACGAUCGCGAACACAACCACGAUGAGUUUGAGGAGGGUCUGCUGAAAUCGAGCCUUAUCAAUAGUGUUAGCAGAAGGCUAUAUGAUCGACUUCGGACGGUGUAGGGCAUUGUCUCAUCACCAUGGAGGCUGCAGCGCAUAUCACCCCCCGCCAGAUCUGGGCGCAGCCGACGACGACGACCUCCAAGACUUACUCGACUGGCUGUACACCAAUUGUUCUUCCUACCCAUGCACGCGUCUAUUUGAACCGUUCCUACAUCAUCACCCUGUCCGAGAAUGCCAUCUAUGAGCCCAUCUGUACCGGUCAGGUCAGUCUGAGUCAUGCCUCGGCCGUGCUCGAUACCCGCGACCCCUUCUACUCGUCGGUCACGCCGCAGCUGUACACGAUCGGGUGCGCGACGGUGAUCAGCUACCUGCUGGUGAUCAUCCUGCUCAUCACCCCGCGGACCUUCUAUGUCGGUGGGCCGGGCGGAGGGGCGAAUUUCCUCGGCCGUCGCGGCAUGAUGAGCGGGUCGUAUAGCGGUAACUCGUCCGUCGUGGGCGUCGGCGGCCGCCCGUGGCUGCAGAAGGUCGCCGCCAUCAUGGUCGCCAUCUCACUCACCAUCGCCUCGGUGGAUUCGUUCCGCGUCGCGGAGAGACAGUACAACUACGGAUACUCGGACGCCGAGGCGCUGACCGAGGAGGUCACCGACGGCAUGGAGAGCCGCAUUGUCCUGGUCAUCUCGAGCACGUUUUUGUGGCUGGCCCAGGUGCAGACCCUGAUCCGCCUGUUCCCGCGCCACAAGGAAAAGGUCAUGAUCAAAUGGGCGGGCUUCGCCCUCAUCGUCCUCGACACCAUCUUUAGCUCACUGAACAAUUUCCUGCUCAAAAGCGACACCACCCGCCCCAGGCUAUACGACGAUGCGAUCCCGGCGCUCAGCUACCUCUUCGAGCUGGCCCUGAACCUGCUCUACGCCGCCUGGGUCAUCUUCUACUCCCUGUCCAAACAUCGCUUCGCCUUCUUCCAUCCCAAGAUGCGGAACAUCUGUCUGGUCGCCCUGCUUUCCCUGUGUGCCAUCUUCAUCCCCGUCGUCUUCUUCGUCCUCGACAUCUCCCAGCCCUCCGUCGCCGGCUGGGGUACCUACGUCCGAUGGGUCGGCUCCGCCGCCGCCAGCGUUGUCGUGUGGGAGUGGGUCGAGCGUAUCGAGGCUCUGGAACGCGACGAACGCAAGGACGGCAUUCUCGGCCGCGAGGUCUUCGAUGGCGAUGAAAUGCUCGAGGUCACCCCCUCGGAGGAGGUCGACUGGCCACGCCAGCAGCAACCCUUGAACGGCGGUCCGAAACGUGGGCCCGGCUCCGGUCCUGGCACCUCCUCCGGCUGGGGGAACAUCAUCGGCCUCGCUCAUCGGCCCCUGCGGACCCGCCGGGGUGGUAGCGGCGUUGGCGGCGUUGGCGGUGUCAUGCGAAGGCACAGAACAAUGCUAGCAGACCGUCGCAACCAUCUGGCCCUCGGUAGAGCCAUGGCACGCCAGACGCCACCCCCACCGACGGUCACGCCCAUCAGUCGAGUCGAGACGACCAGUGCGGCUAGCACGGUCUACCAGGUGCGCCAUCACACUCUAUCUAGUCCGUCGCCGCCGGUUCCAAUGCCACAAAUGGAGGAGGAGCAGCGAGCAAUGAGUGGUGAGGAAGAUCCCAAGGAAGGAUUGGCCGCGGUCGAAGAGGCUCCGGCCGACAAUCCCUCCGACGACCUCAUUGUAGCUAUACAACAACAACAACAACAACAACAACAACAGCUGCUGCUGCAGCAGAUUGUUCCAGACCGCACAUCACCUCUCCAUACAAGUAUCAUACACACGCAAAAGCCUCGCUGGCGGUCCAUGCUUGCCCACUUCCGCCGCCGCCGCACCUCGUUGCCCCGCGAGGUGGCGUCAGCGCAGGUCGAAGGCGACCAAUUGUCAUGCCUGUCUUUCAAGGAGGUCGACGAUUCCGACGGAGAGGAUGAGACUUCCUCCUCCCCCGCGCUGGUGACGGAUCGACCGUCGCGGACCGAGCAUCUCCCGACGUUCCAACUCGGGCGACGUCCCGGAUGGGGACGACCGAGCGGCGGCGAUGCCUCACUGCCCGUGACGAUCAUUCCCGCGCGACGGCAGGGCCAACAACAAGCCUGGUCGCCCCAGCUGUUUGACGGGCCGGGGCUACGUGAUGACCCGUCACCCAACAGCCGGCGUCGGCCCGACAGCGCGUCCAGCGACCCUUCCAACGACUGUUCCGCCGCGCACCCCCAUCUCCCUGUCCGGGUCAUCCCCGCGCAAUCAUCCCAGACGGCAGUCCCCUGGACGGUUCCCGGCGGUGGUGAGACGCUCGAGUCUCCCGACAGUCCUGGCCACCUUGCUGGCCAACAGCUCCGGUACGAUCCCGAGACCGCUGCGCUGGUAGGACCUGGCCUGGAGGCUCGGCCUGACCAGCAGGAUACCCAGGCCGGCACCACGUCUUCUUGAUCACCGGCAUCUUUUCUCUCUCUCUCUCCCUCUCAAUUUCCAUUCACUCUCUUUUUUUUCUGUCGAGCGUGGAGUCCUGGCGGUAUUCUUGGAGAAGGGUUGCGAUUUCUUGGUCUAUAGGACUGCCAUACAUUUAUAAUGUCAUUGGACAUUUCUGUGCAUUUUUUGGAUAUCUUGAAAUAUUUUUUUUGGACAUUUUUGGACAUUUUCUUUGGCGGUUUUU